AUGGAGAAGUAUAAUCAGAUCUGGUUUGCCUUUGGUACCUUGGCUUUGUUAGCCGUAUCAGCUUUAGCAGAAGAUGUCGUUGUGUUGACAGAAGAUAACUUCGAGAAGGAAGUCGGUCAAGACAGAGGCGCUCUCGUUGAGUUCUACGCUCCUUGGUGCGGACACUGUAAAAAGCUUGCUCCUGAAUACGAGAAGCUUGGAAGUAGCUUUAGGAAGGCAAAGACUGUUUUGAUUGGAAAGGUGGACUGUGACGAGCAUAAGGGUGUAUGCAGCAAAUAUGGGGUUUCUGGAUACCCAACUAUUCAAUGGUUUCCUAAAGGAUCGCUCGAACCUAAAAAGUAUGAAGGACCACGUACUGCAGAAGCCCUUGCUGAGUAUGUCAAUAACGAAGGAGGGACUAAUGUGAAGAUAGCUGCUGUGCCAUCCGCUGUUGUGGUACUAACUGCUGAUAAUUUUAAUGAUAUUGUCUUGGAUGAAACUAAAGAUGUUUUGGUUGAGUUUUAUGCACCUUGGUGUGGUCAUUGCAAAAACCUAGCUCCUACCUAUGAAAAGGUAGCUACAGCAUUUAAAUCUGAGGAAGAUGUCGUGGUUGCCAAUCUAGAUGCUGACAAAUAUAAGGAUCUAGCUGAAAAGUAUGGAGUAAGUGGAUACCCUACAUUGAAGUUCUUCCCAAAAGGCAACAAAGCUGGGGAGGAGUAUGAGGGCGGGAGAGAUUUGGACGACUUUGUUACUUUCAUCAAUGAAAAGUCUGGAACCAGUCGGGAUGGAAAAGGACAACUUACUUCAAAGGCUGGUGUAGUUGAAAGUUUGGAUGCCUUGGUGAAAGAGUUUUUAGCUGCUGGCGAUGAUGAGAAGAAAGCAGUCUUUUCCCGAAUUGAAGACGAAGCUGAGAAACUCAAGGGUUCUACAGCAAGGUAUGGAAAGAUUUAUUUGAAGGCAGCCAAGAGUUUUAUGGCGAAAGGUGCUGAUUAUGCCAAGAAUGAGAUAGAGCGGCUACAGCGCAUUCUUGAAAAGUCAAUAAGCCCAGCAAAGGCAGAUGAAUUUACCCUGAAGAAGAACAUUCUAUCUACUUUCGCUUGA